AUGGCGGCGGUCGGCGCGGCGCGGGGCCGGAGGCGCUGGGACACCCGCGGCACCGCUCGCCCACGGCCGCGACACCGGGACCGGCGCUCCGCGACGGCAGCCCCGGCAGCUGACCCCGCACAGCCCGCGGGGAAAGCGGCCGACACGGCGAGCCCGUGUUCAUCACAUGAAGCUGCUGAAGGACAGCCCACAAAAAGGAUGAAGUGUGAAGAAAGCAGUCUAAAAUCAGAGCUAGAGGGACUCACAUGUGAAAGUGGAAACCUUGCUGCUCAGGGGGAAGCACCUAAAACAUUUGAUGAGGAUGGAGGUUCAGAAGAUCCAGGAGAUAGCAAUGUAAUCCAACAGAAAAAAGAUGAAAGCAUUCCAGAGACUGGUGAAGGGAAGGAGAGAAAGGAGCUUGGCGUUCCUCUGGAGCCACAAGCAGUGAAAUCCAGUGGUACUCCAUUAAAAAUGGGUGGAUAUCUACACCACUCUCAUGUGUUCAGUGAAGAGGAGAGCAGCUGUGGGAGCUUUGAUGGGGCCACCUCGGAGGAUGCGGAUCACCUGUGGAGGCCGAUGCUCCUGGAGUACAGCAGCUGCCUCUCGGAUGAGGACAGCAACCAGCCCAUGCCAGUGCACCGGUUCUUUGGAGAUGUUGAACUGCAUCUCCCAGCAGUUGUGCUCCCAAGCGUGACGAGGAGCAGGAGAGAAGCCAGGAAGCUCCAUUUCUUUGCAAAGGAAGAUGAUGAGGAGGAGGAGGAAGAGGAUGUUGUCUGAUGACAAACUGUAAACAAAUUAAAUCCUUCUUUUUCCUUGCGACCACAUGGCAAUGGUUUUGUCAGUAACAUGAAGUGUCUGUUUGCCUUUUCUCAGGGAGAGAACUGGGAGAGUUUGUUUUGCAGGAAUUGGCAGAUACAGUAUUCCAGCGGUUAUCUGGUGCAAAUACUGAAGUUUCAGUGAUUUGGAAAUAAAGUAUAAUUUAGUACUUUAUCACUGAUACUUAGGAAAAAAACACAGGGAAAAUAGGAGUUUGUAUUGUUGUUUUUUUUUUUUUUUUUUUGGUAAAUUUGAGCCUCUAUCUUGAGAAAGUAUUUGGUUAUACUCCUUUUUUUCAAAGUAGUUAAAAAAGAUGCUGGAGCAAGGUUCUUUUAAUUCUGCGAUGUCUGUGGCAUCCAGGUAAUAAAGGAGCCAGUUGACUCCCUGGUACAAAGGUCAAGGGUCUCCCUUCUGUGGGGUUAUUUACACCUAACUCAGGACCAAUUAAACCCCUAAAAUACAGUGGUGCUGGCAAAAUGAAAUGCAGUAUGUCAGAGUGGGUUUAGUGUGCUCAUCUCUGGGAGCUCAGCAUGUUUUCAUUGCAUGUCAGCUCCCCAAACACCCACCCCGUGGUGCUGCCUCCUCCUUCCACCUGCUGCUCCAAGUAUUGUCCUUUGUGUAUUUUUUCAACUGGUUUCCAGUAGGGAUUUUUGGAAACAAAUGCUUUGGUGGUGAUACACAAGGAAUACCAUCCCUUGGAUUUGAUGGACAGAGGAAGAUUGCUAAGGCUGUGGGGCAGCCCCCUCUACAUGUUUAAAAAAGAAAAGGAGCAACCUCAGCUGAUUCCUGGAACUGUUAAUUCACCCAGUGUUUGUGGGAAUAUUUCUUUGAAAGUGUGAUUAUGCAAUAAGCUUCUAGGUAUUUAUUGUUAUAGCUCCUUCUAUGUUUCUAAAAAUAGAGAGAAAAUGUUAUCAGCAGAUGGUUUAAAUAAAUAUUAAUUUCUACAGCUAGAGCCUGUUAAACAUUCAGAAGUUGUAAAGCAAACAAAUUGCAUAUGCAUGGCAUGGUAAUGCAUUCCCAUUUCCACUCCAGCUGAUGCAUUGUUUCUGUCAAAGAUAUUUCUUGGCUUCUUUUCACCCUAAUUCUGUAACACAGAAAAAUCCAGAUUUUUAAAUUGCAUAUUCAUAGUUCCACCCUAGCUCUAUGUUGCAGCAGCUCCUCCCAGCAUUCCUUCAGUGCUGUGUUU